AUGCGUUCCAAUCUCACGCGCGGUAUCUUUCAGGCGAUUGUUGAAAACAAGCCGUAUAUUCAUUCGCAGUGUUACAGGCAGAUAGCACCUCGGAUAAGCUCCCGCAGCUCACAGAAAUGUUCACCCCAUAUCACGCAGCGACGGACCGCCUUCUCUUUUCCGAUUCCGCAAGCCACGGACGUCAAGACUCACUCAGAAAACAAUGGAGCAAAGCAGAUGAUGGAGCUGGUGAAUGCUUUAAAGCAGAAAGUACAACCACCUCCUCCUUUUAUUCUUGCAAAGGCGUUUUUGGCUUUUAUUAAAGACCGUGAAGAAACAAUGAUGGUGUUGACGCAGAAUCAAGUACGAUUUCUGCUACAGACUUUCGAGCACUUGGCUGCAAGCUAUCCUUAUGAGGAUUCCAAAGGCUCUGUGCGCGCUGUGUUAUCUCUUAAUCACCUGGAGAAUGCUAUGAUGGUUUUGUCUCGAGUUGGGUGUGAAUCUGACGCCGCGGAGUUGUUGAACAAGUUAUCCAAACUCAUAUAUGCGCAAAUGUGUCUUCGCGCUAAUACAACCAAGCCACCACAGCAAUUCUCAGGUACAGAAGCGCUUAGGUCGUAUAUUUCAAUCUUGGGACCUACAGGGUCGGCUCUCGAGGCUCUAGAUAUUCUAGAGACUCACUGGAAGAGCAUUCUUCAUGUUGACGGCAUUUCACCAUGGGUCGAUGUCAUUAAUGGGAUUGCUAAGGAGGGCAGAUCCUCUGAGAUUUCUAUGAUCGUGGAGAAGAUGAACGAACACGCCAUCAAACUUGACCCGGCAUCCCACGAAGAAAUUCUUAGGCUGCUGGCCACAGAAAAUAGCAUUGAUGCCCUAAAGAUAUUUUACAGCAUAAUGCUUCCGGAUAAUUUACAGCCUACAGUAGUAUCUACUGCCACUGCAAUUAUUGCGGCUCUUCGGAACUCCAUGGUGGAUUGGGCGAACUCAUUAAGUAAAUUGCUUCCUGAAUACCCAACUCCGGAAACUCGAGAUGCAAACCUUCUCUUAGCUGCGGCCAGAGGGGAAAAUGUCAGCACAAUAGACGAAAUAUUAAAAUUCAUGGUUGGAAGGAAUCCGGAAGUAGAACAAUCUAUGACUGCGAGUACCUUCAACGCCCUCAUAGAGUACGCAAACAUUAUCAAAAGACCAGACUUGGUCAAUGAUUACGUGGAACUUGGACGGAGGUGGAAUAUUCAACCAGAUGCAGAAACAUAUAUGUUACAAGUGGAUUCGAAACUACAAGAAGGAGAUAUCUAUGGGGCCGUCGCCCUCUCCAAAGACCUUAAGAGAAAUGGUCUUAUCAGCCACGCGGACGCUGUGAUAUUAAAUCGAAUUCUGAAACAACUCUGUUUGUCCCCGCAUGCUGACGCCGACUUUGACACCAUUCUGUCAUUCGUUGAUCGCCUCGUUGAGACGAAUUGCCGCUUCGAGGCUGAAACUCUCAAAUCACUCUGUGAAGUUUUGCUUUAUCGCGAAGAACUGGGUAGCAUUUCUAACCUGCUGCGCCCAAUCAUUAAUGAAUAUAAUUCAGGGGACCUUUCGAAAAUCAGCGGAGCCUUCGUUAAGUAUAUCUGUGACAAAAGUGUGUCCACAGAAAGCGCUUGGGAGGCUUAUGAGCUGCUGAAUAUGGCAUUUCCCAAUACUCCUGUGUGGAUUAGGACAGAUAUUAUGACUCAAUUUUUUGAUCGUGGGCAGUCGAAGCUUGCAUGUCUUGUCUUUGGGCACAUGAGACAAAAAGAGAGCGGCGGCCUUCGGCCAACUGCACACACAUACUCCUUGUGCUUUCAGGGAAUCUCCCGUGCCGCCGAUGCUAAAGGCCUCCAUCUCGUGCAUAACAUGUUGAGGCUCGAUCUUGAAGUCGGGUUGACCACUAAAAUUCUUAACGGCUUGAUGCUGUCCUACGCUACAUGCGGGAUGCCGGAUCAAGCGAUGGAUUACUUCCGCGACAUUCUUCACUCCGAUGAAGGUCCUUCAGAAGCUACCCUUAUGAUAUUUUUCCGUGCAUGUGAAACGUAUUAUAACGGAGUAGAGGAGUCCAGGAAGAUGGUUGAGAAAUUGAGGUCGAUGGGUAUCCAAAUUGAUGGUCGUAUAUAUAAUGCAUACAUUGGGGCACUGGCAGGACACUGUGAAAUAGAGAGGGCCACAGAACUGAUCAAAAGCAUGGAGUCAAGCAUCGGAGUCAAACCGACCAGUUUGACACUUGGAACAUUAUACAAUGCACUUCCCUACCAGUACUGGAAAGACCAGGCAGAAGAGUGGGCUCAAGCUACGUAUCCCGACACCUGGCAUGACCUCGAGCAACUCGGCAGUGAGGUAGACCAUGAGGGAUUGAAGCUCUUCAAUAUUGACAGGAAUAUCGAAGUCUAA